AUGGCGCCUGACAAGACCCCAAUCUUUCGGGCUGUAGCUACGUCUACACGGCCGCUAUAUCAGCUGCUUCGGUGUAUUAACUUUGCUCCAAGAGUCCAUGUCCAGAUAACUGAGGAAGGUAUUCGAUUUGCUGCAGACCAUUCGAGGGUAAUGCAAGGAGUUGCUUUUCUUGACAAGGCGCUGUUUUCAGCAUAUAGCCUCAACCUGCCACUCUCUGACGAUGACGAAGCAGUCGAUCUACCAAAUUUCCAAAUCUCCUUGGCAUCAUUUCUUGAAGUACUCCAAAUAUUUGGAGCUGUGGAUGUUGCGACUCGGGCGCAGAAGGCAGAGCAAGACCCUUAUCGGAGUAACUUGAGAAAUUACAGACCAGAUGCAUUCAGCAACCAAGCUCUUGGGAUAUCUGGCACCUGUACAUUACUUUACGGCGAAGCAGGAGAUGCUUUCAAAAUCACCAUUGAAGAAGCUGGGGUCAAGACCACGGCAGGAUUGACGACAUAUGUGCCGGAAUUGCCAGACGAUAUUCCAUUCAAUCGAGAGGAGAUGUCGUUCAAAAUAAUCAUGUCGUCGCGUUCCCUAUUGGAUUCCUUGGCGGAGAUAUCUCCCACAGCUCCUGACAAGCUGGCCAUUAUCGCCUCAAAGACGUCGCCCUUUUUGUCACUCGCUGGCACUGGUGACCUGGGAAGUUCUGCAGUAGAUUUUGCUAGGGGCAGAGACUUGCUGGAGACUUUCACCAUUGCCGACCGCUGGGCUCAGACGUACAAGUUCGACUUCAUCAAAAAUUCAACAGAGGCCAUGCGUAUCGCGAACAAGGUCAGUCUCCGGGGUGACGCACAGGGUGUCUUGAGUCUUCAGUUCAUGGUAGAGAUGGAGGGUGGUAAGCGAAGUUUUCUGGAUUUUCGGUUUGUUCCCUUUAUCACAUACGACGACGACGAGGGUGAGACUGAUACAGGUAUCGGGUUUGAAGAAGAUUAG